GUUCAGAUUUUUGCAUUCUGUCUCUCUCUCUCGCAGGUAUGUGAUUGUGAUUACUUUUUCUGCUAUGUGGGAGGAGCGAGACUCGACAUUGGAGAAGGGUUUGUGACGAACGGCGGCCAAAAGAUGAUGAACAUUCUGAAAAACCCACAAAAAAAGGUGAUGCAGAUUACGAGAUGUGUUACAGAUCUUGAUUGGCGUCUCCUUCUCUUAAUCCUCCCUCCUCUCUCUCUCAUUAUCUUUCUCUCUUUCUCCUCUGUUGCAACCACCACCAGCUUCAACCCUUUUUCCACUUUUGCCCCAUUUAAAUCCAUUUUUCACAAUCAUUCCCCUCUCAACUCUGGUCCGUCGAUUUCCUCCGAUAAUGGGGUUCGUAGUAUGAACGAGUCGGAGAGGAAUCGGUGGAUAAAGGAGAAAAAAGACGAGUUGAAUCGGUCGAGAAUCGCCGUCUGUUUGGUGGGUGGAGCCCGGAGGUUCGAGCUCACGGGGCCGUCGAUUGUUCAUAAGAUUCUAAAAGUGUAUCCGAAUUCUGAUCUUUUCUUACACAGUCCUUUGGAUUCCAUGGCAUACAAGUUCUCACUCUUGAAGGUAGCUCCUAAAAUUGCCUCGGUGAAGAUCUUUGAGCCCAAGCCAAUUCCGGUGACUGAGUCACAGGUCCGAGUCCUCACAGCUGAUAACUCACCCAAUGGCGUCCAGGGCCUAUUGCAGUAUUUCAACCUUGUAGAAGGGUGUCUAACAAUGAUUCAAGCGUACCAAGAACAUAACAACUUCACAUACGAUUGGAUAGUCCGAACCCGAGUAGACGGCUACUGGUCCGCUCCACUGGGGCCCGAGUUCUUCAUUCCGGGUAAAUACCUGGUCCCACCUGGCUCAUCGUACGGCGGACUCAACGACCGUCUGGGCAUCGGCGAUUUAAACACCUCCAUCGUCGCUCUCUCGCGAUUAUCACUCAUCCCCCACCUCGACUCGGCCGGGUUUCAUCAACUCAACUCGGAGUGCUCAUUCAAAGCCCAACUCACCACCCAACACAUACCCUACGUCACCAAACGCCUCCCAUUCUGCAUCGUGACGGACCGGAAAUACGAUUUCCCGCCAGCACGUUUUGGCGUCCCGGUGGCGGCGCUGUGGAGUCCGGGGCCACUAAGUGGGGCCAAGUGUAGGCCUUGCGAGCCGGUGUGCAGUGGUGAGUGCGUUGGCAAUGUGAUGAAUGGGCUGCACAGAGGGUGGAGCUGGACCGACUGGGUCAAUGGGAGUCUCCAGCUUUGCGAUGCUCAUGCGGAGUGGGAAAAUGGUUGGGAGGAGAUUUUCGACAGAACCGCCGGAAAGAAAUUAGCCGCUGCGAGGAAACGAGUAUGGGAUUUGGAGUCGGAGCAGUGUGUGAAUGAUUUUGAGGCGAUGAGAAAUCGGACGACAGGUAUUUGGGAGGCUCCGCAGGCGGCAGUGAUUUGUAGUCUCGGCUUGGGUUCUGGGUAGUAGAGAACAAUGAUACGGUGUAAAAGGGCGGCUGACUAGAGACUAGAGAGGGAGGGGUUGUACUUGUGGAUACGUUAGAAAUUGCAUUUUUUUUUUAAUUACUUUGAAACAUACUUUGUAAAUUUUCUAUCAUAUAUUUCCCGGGGAUUAAUUAGAUCUG